AUGUGUAGACGAAAACAGCAAAACGAGAAAGGCGUCCACUGUCAGGGGUACUCUGCUCUUCGCCCUGCCGCUCGCCGGCUCUUGUCCGUCAGACCCAAUGCCUCUCUUCUGGCACGGUCACGAUCAAUCGCCACGCAAUCGAUCGCAUUCAGUCGCCCAGCUGUUCCUUCCGGUGUCUCCUCAUUCCAGCAAUUCCAGCGACGAUGGAACAGCGACGAAGCCGCCAAGAUCGCCGCUGAAAAAACAGAAACCAGCGUUGAAGAAGGCGCCAUUGAAGCUGCUGCCAUGGAAGCUGCUAAGAAGCAAGGCUCUACUGUGGAUGCGACUUCGGCCGAGCAAGUUUCCGCGGAGGCUCAAGACAGUGCUGCUGAAGAGGUGGACGCUCCCACGGGUCAGGAUUUCAGAAGCCCACGACGAGUCAAUGGUCGAGUCAAUAAUGUCGACCCCUCACCAACUAUUUACAUUGGAAACUUGUUCUUCGAUAUCACCGCCGAGGAUUUGAAGAGCAAGAUGGAGUCAUUUGGUGUCGUUGAGAAGGCUGCUAUCAUAUCUGAUGCUCGUGGUUUGAGUAAAGGAUUCGGAUAUGUCACAUUCGACUCUGUGGAAGCCGCCCAACGUGCCAUCGAGGAGAUGAAUCAACAAGUCUAUGAAGGCCGCCGCGUUCUCGUUCAGUUCUCCGCUGCCGGACCUCGCGAAAAAUUCCGUCCCAAAGGACAACCCACAAGAAGUCUCUAUAUUGGUAACCUGGCCUAUGACCUCACGGAUCGGGAACUCAACGAACUCUUCAAGAGCGUUCGCAACGUUAUCGAAGUCCGUGUUGCUGUUGAUCGCCAGACCGGUAACCCCCGAGGAUUCGCCCACGCCGAUUUCCUCGACACCCCCAGUGCUCAGGCUGCUCUUGAGAUUCUUAGCAGCAAGGCACCUCACGGUCGUCGAUUGAAGGUUGACUUCAGUCAGAAUCCUAAGCGGACUCAGCGACGCAACGCGGAGUCUCAAGACUCGGACAAUUCCACUGAUGUUUCAUCCAACGAUGCUGAAGCAAAGCCAUAA